AUGAUAGACGAGGAGGAGACGACACGUGAAAGUAUUGGAUCAUAUGAACAAUCUGGUGAUAUAUCUUCAAUUCUAAAAAACUCUAGUUUCAAGAUGUCAGGUCGUCAAGGUGGUAAACUAAAACCACUUAAGAAAGAGAAAAAGAAAUCAAAUGACUUAGAUGAGAUCUAG